GGGGCGGGAGCCCAAAGCGUGUGGAAGAUGGCGGAGGGUGGCCGAGCGGAGCCGGAGGAGCAGGAGCGGGGGUCCUCGAGGCCGCGGCCCCCGAGUGCGCGGGACUUACAGUUGGCCUUGGCAGAAUUAUGUGAAGAUGAAAUGAAAUGCAAAUCUUCCAAGCCUGACAGAUCUGCAGCUACAGUCCUUAAGAGCCCACGAACACCGCCACAUCGGCUUCAUUCAGGUGAUCAGGAAUAUGGUGGAUUACAUAUAGUCCAACCUCCAACUGGGAAAAUUGUGAAUGAACUUUUCAAAGAGGCAAGGGAACAUGGGGCUGUCCCUCUAAACGAAGCCACAAGAUCUUCAAGCGAAGACAAAACUAAGUCAUUCACAGGUGGAGGAUACAGAUUGGGCAAUUCCUUCUACAAGCGAUCAGAGUAUAUCUAUGGAGAAAAUCAGCUGCAAGAUGUUCAGAUUUUACUGAAGCUGUGGAGCAAUGGUUUCAGUUUAGAUGAUGGAGAAUUGAGACCUUACAAUGAUCCAACAAAUGCUCAGUUUUUGGAAUCUGUUAAGAGAGGAGAGAUUCCCCUGGAGCUUCAGCGUCUGGUCCAUGGCAGCCAAGUGAACCUGGAUAUGGAGGAUCAUCAAGACCAAGAAUACAUAAAACCCAGAUUGCGAUUCAAGGCCUUCAGUGGAGAAGGGCAAAAACUUGGAAGCCUUACACCUGAAAUCGUCAGUACUCCCUCCUCCCCAGAAGAAGAGGACAAAUCAAUACUGAAUGCUGCUGUUCUUAUUGAUGAUUCAAUGCCCACCACAAAAAUUCAGAUCAGGUUGGCAGAUGGAAGUCGUCUCAUACAGAGAUUUAACAGCACUCACCGGAUUCUGGAUGUACGAGACUUUAUAGUACAGUCACGUCCUGAGUUUGCAACUACUGACUUUAUUCUUGUGACUUCAUUUCCAAGUAAAGAGCUAACAGAUGAAAGCGUGACACUACAAGAAGCGGAUAUUCUUAACACUGUGAUACUUCAACAGCUGAAAUAGGAUUGCUUCCACCUGUGUAGUCACAAAUAGGAGUAGGUAAUGUUGUAUAUAUUACAAAAAAUACUUCCAGCAGCAAACAACCAAGUUAUUUUUUCUAUUCAGAUAAAUUCUUGUUUUGCUGCUCUUCUGUCUUUCAGUCUUUGUCUAGAUAACUUUAGAUCUUUAGUAGAUCUUGAUGUUUGAAUUUUUAGUUGUAGGACUGGCUUAUAUUGAUAGCUUGUAAAUGUUUAGACCAAUCAACUUAUUACAUGUUCAGUGCUAAUGUAAUAACAUUUUCAGAUGAAAUGAAAAGAACCCCUUUUUGGUAAAUGCAUUUGAUAAAAUUUGAACUCAAGUUUCUUAAUGUAGCAGUGACCAGUAGCCAGAAAGGAUCCUUUUUUGUAACAUAUGCCAUAGUGUCUCCUGUGAGUCCAAGGUUCUUUGUUCAUACAAUUAAGAUUUUGCCUAUUCUUUUUGCAUACUGUUUAAACUAUGUUAGCACCACAAAAUAUAUCUUAACCUUGUGUUUUAUAGAAUUACAACUGUCAUAAACUAAAUUUUAAUAGAAAAGUCAUCAGCUCUUGACACGUGAUAAACAGCACUUUAAAA